UCCGGGGACCGCCGCUGGCAAACGAAAGCUCCAGCCAUGGCACUGGGACUCUUCCGGGUCUGCCUGGUGGUGGUGACUGCCGUCAUCAACCACCCGCUGCUGUUCCCACGGGAAAACACCACAGUGCCCGAGAACGAGGAGGAGAUCAUCCGCAAGAUGCAGGAGCACCAGGAGAAGCUGCAGUUGGAGCAGCUGCGCCUGGAGGAGGAGAUGGCCCAGCUAGUGGCUGAGAAGGAGGCGCUAGAGCGGGUGGCGGAGGAGAGCCAGCAGCAGAACAACACCCGCACGGCCUGGGACCUCUGGAGCACCCUCUGCAUGAUCCUCUUCCUGAUGAUCGAGGUGUGGCGUCAGGACCACCAGGACACACCCUCCCCCGAAUGCCUAGCUGGGGAUGAAGAUGAGCUGCCCGGCCAAGAGGGCACCCCUCUCCGAGGUCUCACACUCCCCAACAAGAACACUCUGGGCCACUUUUACGAGCACUGCAUCCGGGGUGCCACAGCUGAUGCUGCCCGCACCCGGGAGUUUGUAGAAGGCUUUGUGGAUGACUUGUUGGAAGCACUGAGAAGCCGGUGCAACCGGGACACAGACAUGGAGGUGGAGGACUUCAUCGGUGUGGACAGCAUGUAUGAGAACUGGCAGGUGGACAAGCCACUGCUGUGCCACCUCCUGGUACCCUUCACGCCCCCAGAGCCUUACCUCUUCCACCCGAACCUCUGGUGCUCCCACCAGUCAGCACCCCUGGACCGCCAGGGCUACGGGCAAAUCAAGGUGGUGCGGACCGAUGAGGAUGCACUGGGCUGUGUGUGCGGCAAGACCAAGCUGGGGGAGGACAUGCUGUGUCUCCUCCACAGCAAGAGCAACGGGCUGCGGCCGGGCAGCGAGGCUGGCGAGCUGCUCUGUGCCCCCAACUCGCCCUACUUGGAUGCGCUGCAGGUCAUGAAGUGGUUCCAGACAGCCCUCACCAGGGCCUGGCACCGCAUCGCCCACAAGUAUGAUUUUGACCUGGCCUUUGGGCAGCUGGACACACCGGGGUCCCUCAAGAUCAAGUUCCGCUCAGGAAAAUCCAUGCCCUUCAACCUGAUCCCGGCCAUCCAGUGUGAGUACUCCGACCUGUACUUUGUCUCCCACCUUGCCAGGGAGAUGGCUGGAGAUGUCCCGGUGUCCAGCACCGACUGGCUCCUGUCCUUUGCCGUGUAUGAGCGUCAGUUCCUCAGGAUGACAUCCAAGGCACUGCCCGAGGGGUCCUGCCACCUCAGCUGCCUGCAAAUCGCCUCCUUCCUGCUGUCCAAACAGCGUCGCCUCACCGGCCCCAGCGCUCUCAGCAGCUUCCACCUGAAGACAGCACUUCUGCACCUUCUGCUUGCGCGCCGGCCUGCAGACUGGAAGGCUCAGCAGCUGGAUGCGCGCCUGCAUGAACUGCUCUGCUUCCUGGAGAAAAGCCUGCUGGAGAAGAAGCUCCUUCACUUCUUCAUGGGCAACCGCAAGGUGCCAGCGGCCCUGGGCCUCCCAGAGACCGUGCGCCUGGCUGAGCCCCUCAACCUCUUCUGGCCCUUCGUCCUGCAGCGCAGCCUCUACCGAAAGACCAUGGACUCCUUCUAUGAGAUGCUCAGGAAUGCCCCGGCUCUCAUCAGCGAGUACUCCCUCCACAUCUCUGCAGACCCUGCCACCCCUCCCCCCAAAGCAGGUGUCUUGUGAGCAUCCAACAUCCAGGGGCCAGGAUGCAUCCCCUGGUCCCACGUUUUGGUGGGCUCUGCAACAGGCUCUGUGGGUCACUGUGGUUCUGCCUGCUGGGAAAGCCAGGCUGGG